GCAAGCCAAGAUAUUUGUCUUUGCCGAAGUAGGUGGAGGCGGACAUUAUCCGCUCCUCUUCUUCGAAAUCCCUCCAUCGACCGAUGCCUCUUCCCACGGCCUUCGCUUGUUGUGCAUACUCGCCUCCGGCCCUCUCGAUGAUUUGCUCCGAUCCCGGCGGGUGUCUCAGGUCCGUCAAGACCCUCGUCCGCUCCACUGUCGAGAUCCCUCCUCCGUCGCAUCUCCCCCAUCCCAUCGAAUCCCUCCGUCGGGGGAAUUGGGUCAAGCUCAUCUGCGGCGCCAGUUUCGAGGACGCGGCCGAUGUCAGGAAUCUAUCCCUCGUCUACACUCUCGCCGGAGUGGACUGCAUUGAUUGUGCAGCAGAUGAACCAGUGGUUAAUGCCGUUAACGAGGGGAUCGCUGCUGCGAUGUCAAUCUCUAUGGUUAACCGGCCGUGGGUGAUGAUCAGUGUCAACGAUGACAAAGAAGAUCUUCAUUUCCGUAAAGCUGAAUUUGAUCCCGAGGAUUGUCCAUCUGAUUGUCCUAGACCAUGUGAAAAGGUUUGCCCUGCUACUGCAAUAUUGCUACAGAGAGUGUUUGAGGAAGGUGAGCUUGUGCAGAACACAGAAUGGGGUAAACUUCAGGGUGGAGUGAUCACAGAACGCUGCUAUGGGUGUGGACGAUGCUUCCCCAUCUGUCCUUAUGAUAAAAUAAGAGCUAUUACUUAUGUUAGGGAUCCUAGCACUACAACUAAGCUUUUGCAAAGGAGUGACGUGGAUGCAAUAGAGAUACACACUAGUGGAAGGUGCACUGAUUUAUUCAGUGAGCUUUGGAAUAGCUUGGGUGAUUCACUAGAAAAUGUGAAGUUAGUAGCAGUUAGUUUGCCCAAUGUUGGUGAAUCGACUUUGCCUGUGAUGAAUCUGAUAUAUGCAAUAAUGGAGCCUUCUAUUAAAUGCUACAAUCUAUGGCAGUUGGAUGGCCGGCCUAUGAGUGGAGACAUUGGUAGAGGUGCAACAAAAGAGGCGGUAGACUUUGCUGUUCAUUUGGCUGCUGCAAGAAACAAGCCUCAUGGGUUUUAUCAGUUGGCUGGUGGCACUAAUGCUUUCACUAUCAAGAGCUUAAAGAAACAAGGGAUCUUCCAGACGAUGACCAUUGAUGGGAACUCUUUAGAGAAAAGUAAUGAGGAUAAACAAGCUCGUCCUGAACAGGCAGAUAUUGGUGGAAUAGCUUAUGGCGGCUAUGCACGAAAGAUUGUUGGAAAAAUUUUGCACAAAAUGCCCACCCAGCAUGGUCUUCCACGCAUAGAGGACCAUCCAGAGUACCUAAUGGAGGCAGUUAAAGAAGCUCUGACUUUAAUAGGUCCUGUUAAGGGCUAUGCAGAGCUCAAAUUUUGAUGGUAACACUAUGAGAUUGGUUGUGAGAUAAGUAUAAUUUACAGGCAUGACAGAGUAUGCAUGUCAGAACAGUCGUAUGAUGUGGUGUGCAGAUGUUUAUGGUGUUCUUGCUUAUUGGAAGGGUUGAAGGAAAGCUAGUCUUAGUUCCUUCUAACAGUAGUUGUCCAUCAGAUGUCAAACUGUCUCUCUGUUUGUCUGAUCUCACCGGAAUGAUUGUACAUUUCAAAAUUUUUCCCUGCACAAUUGAUUGCAAUAACUAGUGGCAAAUAAUUUGCCUAUUCAUGG